AUGGAAAAAUCCAAAAAUUUCCGGAUCGAUGCUCUUCUAGCAGUCGACCCACCGAAAGCUGCCUCGGCGCAGACUUCUCCUCUGGCUCUGGUCACGUCUCUUUCCGCCUCGGCGGCCACAUCUGGCAACAGCAGCAGCAGCGGGGGGAGCAGCAGCGGCGGCGGCAGCAGUAGCAGCAGCAGCAGCUGCAGCCCCCCUUCCUCGGAGCACCACACUGGCGGCUCGGACUGCCUGAGGACGGAGAGCCCGUCCCCGCCUCGGAUCCUCGCAGCCCACUGCGGGCUGGUGCCCAAGCCAGGUUUCCUGAGCAGCGGCAGCGGCGCCGCUGGCCAUCACCACCACCACCCUGGUGCGGCCGCUGCAGCGGCUGCAGCGGCCGCAGCCGGAGGGAUGGCCCUAGGGUUGCACCCAGCGCAGGGUGGAGCGGGGAUCCCCACCCAAGCGGCUCUGUACGGUCAUCCCAUGUACAGCUACUCGGCGGCAGCGCUGGCCGGCCAGCACCCGGCUCUGUCUUAUUCCUACUCCCAGGUGCAAGGGGCCCACCCCACCCACCCUGCAGACCCCAUCAAACUCAGCGCCGGCACCUUCCAGCUCGACCAAUGGCUCAGGGCGUCCACCGCGGGCAUGAUCUUGCCCAAAAUGCCCGAUUUUAACUGUGAGUAUCCGAGAGCCCAGUCCAACCUUCUGGGGAAAUGCCGGCGGCCCCGAACUGCCUUCACCAGCCAGCAGCUGCUGGAACUGGAACACCAAUUCAAGCUCAACAAAUACCUCUCCCGUCCCAAGCGCUUCGAGGUGGCCACGUCGCUGAUGCUCACCGAGACCCAGGUGAAAAUCUGGUUCCAGAACCGGAGGAUGAAAUGGAAACGGAGCAAAAAAGCUAAGGAACAGGCGGCACAGGAGGCAGAGAAGCAGAAGGGAGGGGCGGGGAAAGGUGGAGGAGGGGAGGAAAAGGGAGAGGAGGACCUGCUGCUUCCUUCAGACAAGAGCAGCAGCCGCCGCCUGCGGGACUUGAGGGACAGUGACCCAGAGGAGGAAGAGGACGAGGAGGAGGAGGAGGAAGGGCAUUUCUCCUACAAGAACAAUAACGCUGCCCACUCCUCCGAUUGCUCCUCUGAGGAUGACUCUCCGCACACAAGACCCUCGGGACCCGGGCAUCAGCCUCCGUCCCAAUGAAGAGCCCAUGAAGCCUGCUGCGGUGGGGAGGCAGGAGAUGGGGUGUGACCUCACCCUCCCAACUCCCCUGUCCAACAGAGCGUCCUCCACGUUCAGUUGGACCUGGUCACAUCCAGGACUUGGGAAGCCGACACAGAUCCUCGAAUUCAGCAACCUGCAACCCCGAUUUCUCUGACCAGGAGAAGACAGUGGAGUGUGUGUGUUUGUGGGGGAGGGGGGAGAUCAUUCUUUCCUGGACUGCCUCAUCCCUUCUCCCCAGUUCUCAUCUCUGUUUUCUAUCUCCUUGCCUCCCCCGAGGUUUCCCAGGGGAUUG